GGUUUACAAAAUGUCAGCCAAUAAAGAGCUGCAACAAGGAUACUCUGACUACUCAGCAGCGUCCGACCAAGCUGCGCUUCUGAAUCGUCUCAUAACUGCCAUGCAAAAGGGAGAGCUUACUGACGAACUUUUGGAACAUAUUCCGGAACUCGGCGAUGCCAAGAAAUUGAACGAUAAGCUCAAAUACCGGAAGUCGAUUCUCGAGAAGAGCAUUGCCGAACAGGCAGCCAAGAACAAGAAAAAUGGUGUGAAAGCAACAUCAACUAGUUCUCCAUCUUCUUCUACCUCUGCUCCAGCCGAGAAGAAGGCCAAAAAAGACGGCAAAACAGGCGGUGCUCCACCAAAACAAGCUAAAAAAGUCGACUAUGUGACAGUUGAGGAUUACGGUAGCAGUAUUUUCGGACGCCUUCAAUCACUUUUUAAGAAAGCGAUUGAAGAUGCAUUCCCUGGACUUGAUGUUCCCCUGCUCCUCGCUGAAACUCCAAACCCGCAAUUCGGAGACUACCAGUGUAAUUCUGCGAUGCCUAUCGCGGCUAAGCUCAAAGCCAACAAGAUCAAUAAAAGACCUGGAGAUGUCGCAAAGGAGAUUCAAGCAAAACUGCCCACUAAAAUUGAUUUCGUUGAAAAGAUUGAUGUAAUGCCAGCUGGAUUUAUCAAUAUUUUCCUGAACACCGAUUACCUACGUCGUCAAAUUUCCCUUCUAGCAUCAGAAGGAGUGAAACUUCCAAAGCUUACCAGGAAACGGGUUCUCGUUGACUUCUCCUCUCCAAAUAUUGCCAAAGAAAUGCACGUAGGACACUUGAGGUCUACGAUCAUCGGAGAUUCGAUUUGUCGUCUUUUCGAAGCUGUUGGAUUUGAUGUUCUUCGAGUGAAUCAUAUUGGUGAUUGGGGAACACAAUUCGGAAUGCUCAUCGCACAUCUCUACGAUCGAUUCCCAGAUUUUUUGAAGAAGCUUCCCGAUAUUUCGGAUCUUCAAGCUUUCUACAAAGAGUCAAAGAAGCGAUUCGAUGAGGAUGAACAAUUCAAGAAACGCGCAUACGAGUAUGUUGUGAAGCUGCAAAGUCAUGAUGGAGAUAUUGUGAAAGCAUGGAAUACCAUUUGCGAUGUUUCUAAAAAAUAUAACCAAAUUGUCUACAAUUAUUUGGACAUCAAAAUCAAGGAUGUUGGAGAAUCAUUCUAUCAGGACAAAAUGAUUGAACUUGUCAAAUGGGUUAAGACAAACAAACCAGACAUGCUCCGGGAAGAAGAUGGUCGCCAGAUUAUGUUCCCAACAGGAUGUGAUAUUCCUUUGACUGUUGUCAAAUCUGACGGUGGAUUCACAUAUGAUACUUCUGAUUUGGCUGCUCUCAAGUACAGAAUGCUCGAAGAGAAGUGUGAUUGGAAUAUCUACGUUGUUGAUUCUGGACAAAGUCUUCAUUUGGAAACUGUCUAUGCUGCCGGAAGAGAUUUUGGAUGGUACGAUGAGUCUAUUCAACGUGUGGAGCACGUUGCUUUCGGUCUUGUGCUCGGAGACGAUAAGAAAAAGUUCAAAACGAGAAGUGGUGAAACUGUACGCUUGUUGGAUUUAUUGUCGGAAGGAGUAAAACGAGCAACUGAAAAAUUGAUCGAAAAGGGAAGAGAAACAGCUAUGAGUGAAGAACAAUUAGUUGCUGCUCGCGAUGCUGUAGCUUUCGGAUGCGUGAAAUAUGCUGAUUUAUCUCAUACUCGUACACAGGAUUACGUUUUCUCCUUCGACCGAAUGCUUGAAGAUCGAGGCAACACUGCGGUUUACUUGCUUUAUGCAUACACUCGAAUUCAAUCAAUUUUCGAAAAAGACGAAGUUAAAAAUGUUGAUUUGGUCAAAUACAUUGCGAGUACACCAACACUCCCAUUGGAUCAUCCAGGAGAGUUUAAACUCGCCAAACAAUUGUUGAAGCUCUCGGAUUGUGUUCUUCUUGUUUUGGACAGUCUUAUGCUUCAUCAAAUGUGCGACUACGUAUAUCAGUUGGCCACUCUGUUCCACGACUUCUACAACGAGUGUUACGUUAUUGAAAAUAAGGAAGGAGAAAAACCAUUUGUCCAUAUGCAUCGUCUCGCUUUGUGUGAUGUUACCCGAAAAGUCAUGUCAACAUGCUUCAAGAUUCUCGGACUUCGCGAAGUCAACAAGAUGUGAGCACCGGUGUUUUCUUCUAUCAUCCCCGUUUGUUGUUGUUUCUUAAUUAUUUGUUCAUUUUUUGCAACGGCUCGUAUUUAUCUAUUCAGAACGUUUUCCACUGUGGGAUCCUAUUAUCACCAAUAAACUCGAAUUUUUAUAUUCAAUAAAAAGCAUCAGUU